AUGCCGGCCCUCCUAUACCUCUCCGUCUCGCUCGUCUCCCGAGCCAACACCGCCAACGCAGACAACGUGGACGACGGCACAGACCACAACGGACCCAGCGACAAAACAACCCGGAUCAUCGUCGGCGUUGUGGUGGGUGGUGUGGCGGCUAUUGCGAGUGCGUCUUUACUUUACCUUACCUAUACCCCGACCCGACGAGUCACUUAUACCCUACGUGGACUUGAAAGACUAAUGUCUGUUUGCUGUGCAGUCACCGCAGGAAUAAUCUUCUUCUUCAUGAAAAAGCGCAAAUGGGACCGCAUCCGCCAGUGCGAGGAACGGCUGAUCGACUACCAGCUUGCCACGGGGUACUCGUCGAAAGCGCACUCGCGGUCCGCCACGCCGGAGGACUAUCUCAGUAUGAUGGCGCAGUCGCCGCCGCCGACGUCCACGACGGCUCCGAACAUGUACGCGUAUGAUACUAGCGCGGGUGCGGUGGGCCAAGGGCACGGGCAAGGACACGUACAAGGGCAGGGACAGGGCCAAAGAUCAGGGUCCCGAGCACGGGGGAUGUCGGCGCCCGCUUCAACAACCCUGUCGAUAUCGACUGUAUCGCCGGAAGCACCACCGCCCGCGUACCAAUCUCUGCACCCGCGCUACGACCCCUCGCGGUACAGCCAGAUCAGCACGCGGUUCUCGUCGAGUUUUGAGAUUCCACGGUCGAGUACGGGGACUUUUGGGACUGGGAGUGGCGCUGGGCCCGCGGGGAGUGCGUCGUCGGUUUCGGGGGUCCAGAGCUAUAACCUUAACCCUAGCUUGGGGACGCAGUACCCGCAGUACCAGUAUCAGCCGGGGGGGACUGCGUCGGCGUCUGCGUCGGGAUCUGGAUCGGUGUCGAACUGGCUAUCCUCGACGACGUCGGUGCCUACGAGUACUACAGGGACAACUACGACCGUGUCGGCUGGGCCAAACGGUACAUCCACGCGGGGCUCCAGGUCUCGCUCUGAGUCUGGGGAGCGAGGGCCCCGUCGCCCGCGACCGGUUCUGUCCCGUCUUAUUACGAAUCUCUGA